AGAAUGUUUAAAUUUCAUCAAAUGAAAUAUAUUUUUGAAAUACUGGAUAAAAUGAGAUGCUUGCGAAAACGUUCUACAGUGUCAUUCUUGGGAGUUCUUGUCAUUUUCCUUCUAUUUAUGAACUUGUACAUUGAAGAUAGCUAUGUUCUGGAAGGUGACAAACAGUUUAUAAGGGAAACAUCCACUCAUCAACUGAAUUCAGAACGCUAUGUGCAUACUUUCAAAGAUUUAUCAAAUUUCUCGGGAGCCAUCAAUGUCACCUAUCGCUACUUAGCUGCCACGCCUUUGCAAAGAAAAAGGUUUCUUACAAUUGGACUUUCAUCAGUGAAACGAAAAAAAGGAAACUAUUUACUUGAGACAAUCAAGUCAAUUUUUGAGCAGUCCAGCUACGAAGAACUGAAGGAAAUUUCAGUGGUGGUUCAUCUAGCAGACUUUAAUUCAUCCUGGCGUGAGGGCAUGGUUCAGGAUAUUACACAGAAAUUUGCCCACCAUAUUAUUGCAGGAAGAUUAAUAGUUAUACAUGCUCCAGAGGAAUAUUACCCAAUCCUGGAUGGCCUUAAAAGAAAUUACAAUGAUCCGGAAGAUAGAGUCAGAUUUCGUUCCAAACAAAAUGUAGAUUAUGCAUUUCUGCUUAAUUUUUGUGCCAAUACUUCAGACUAUUAUGUAAUGCUUGAAGACGAUGUUCGAUGUUCAAAAAAUUUCUUAACUGCCAUCAAGAAAGUCAUUACAUCCCUAGAAGGAACUUACUGGGUAACUCUUGAGUUCUCUAAGCUUGGCUACAUUGGAAAACUUUACCAUUCUCAUGAUCUCCCACGUUUGGCACAUUUUUUAUUAAUGUUUUAUCAAGAAAUGCCUUGUGAUUGGUUACUGACUCAUUUCCGGGGUCUGUUGGCUCAGAAAAAUGUGAUACGUUUUAAACCAUCUCUCUUUCAGCACAUGGGUUAUUAUUCAUCAUACAAAGGGACUGAGAAUAAGCUGAAGGAUGAUGAUUUUGAAGAGGAGUCAUUUGACAUCCCUGACAACCCUCCUGCAACUUUAUAUACCAACAUGAACGUUUUUGAAAAUUAUGAAGCAAGCAAGGCUUAUAGCAGUGUUGAUGAGUACUUUUGGGGGAAACCACCUUCAACAGGAGAUGUCUUUGUGAUUGUAUUUGAAAACCCAAUUAUAAUUAAAAAAAUUAAAGUGACUACUGGAACAGAAGAUCGACAAAAUGAUAUUUUACAUCAUGGAGCCCUAGAUGUUGGAGAAAAUGUUAUACAUUUCAAACCAAGUAGACAAUGUGUUACUUAUGUAAGACUAGGGGAAUUCAAAAAUGGAAACUUUGAAAUGUCAGAUGUGAAUCAAAAAAUUCCAUUUGAUAUACACUGUAUGAGGAUUUACGUUACCAAAACACAAAAGGAAUGGCUGAUUAUUAGAAGUAUUAGCAUCUGGACUUCUUAGCCAAUUAAAUCAAUAUAUCCAGUUACUGAAGCAGGUCUUCCUGUUUCCUUAUUUGCUACCUUCCUCUUUGGCUACCUUUGUCCUUGGGAGGCAAAGCAAUGGAUGGGAUAUUUUAAAAGAAAAGUCAAUCAUCUUGGCAGUUUUGAUUCACACAUUGUCAAUAUAAUUUUACUUUAAUAUGCACUUGUAUUUAUUUUAACUUCUGAAGUUGAAUAUUGGUCCAUAGUUAAUGCUACUUUCAUUUAUAUUUUUUAACAUUAUCAUGUUAGUUUCAAAAUUUCAACUGAAUGUCAGAAAGGUAACA